GUCAGAGCGGUUCGACGCCUCUAGACCUCUUCAAAUUCUACGUGGAGGACCUGAAGUCGCGUUUCCACGACGAGAAAAAAAUCAUCAAGGAGAUCCUCCGGGAGAAGGACUUCGAGGUUAAAGUGGACACGACUUUCGACCAGUUCGCCACAGUCAUCUGCGAAGAUAAAAGAUCUGCGACUUUAGACGCUGGGAACGUCAAGCUGACGUUCAACUCGUUCCUGGAAAAGGCGGAAGUCAAAGAAAAGGAGCGUUUGAAGGAGGAGACGAAGCGACUGAAAAAGCUGGAGAACAACUUCAAGAACCUCCUGCGCGAGCUUAACGUAGACUUCGAGCUGUCGUGGGACGAAGUGAGGCCGAAACUGGAGAGCGAGAAGGAGUUCGUGGCUUUCGAUUCCGAUUCGGAGAGAGUUAAAGUGUACAAAGAUUUCCAGCACGAGAUGGAGGAGUCGUGCAGCCACCACCACUCGCGCUCGAAGAAAUCCAAGAAGAAGAAGAGCAAGAAGUACAAGUCGUCGAGCACGAGCGAAUCGGACAGCGAGAAGCACAAGAAGUCGAAGCGGAACAAGUCGAAGAGCCCCACGCCUUACACGGACGACAGCGCCGAGGAGUACCGGAAGAAAAAGUCGAAGAAAAAGCACAAGAGAAAAAGUCCAUCAGUGAGUUAUUACUAAUCAGUUUAUUUCCGAAUUUUUUUUUCCUCUUUUUGCCUUUUUUUUGGUUUUGUCGUUCAUUUUAUUUAACUUAUUAUUGAUUAGUUGGUAAGUUGUUCGUCAUUAAACGUUAGUGGUA